AUGAGUCGGGAAUAUAAUCCAGGAUUUGAUGAGGAGAAUGUAAAUGAAGAUGAUCGGCCCUUACUUCAAAACAAUACGCUUGGCGUGGAGAACGCCGCUUUCGUUAACACUGAUGAAGGAAAUCAUGAACAAGAUAGUCGGUUAAAUGGAAGCAGUGAGUUUCAUUCUUAUUCAUGUUAUUCUAGAUCUAUAUUAAUAUACAUUGUGGCUACUAGCAAGAGCAUAGUUUAAUCCUGCUUGUACGAAAUGAAAAGUAUAUUUUUUAGCUAUCAGUACAAUAAAUAUUAUCUAUAAGUAACUUCUAUUGCUUGAGAGUUAACUUGUUUUCAUGUUUCAGUGCCAACUGUGAUGUGCCGAGUGUGUGAGAACAAUAUACCUUACGAUAAAAACUCUAUGCAGCAUGUAGUACGAUGUAACCAAUGUAACGAAGCCACUCCGAUCAGAGCUCCACCAAGUGGAAAGAAGUUUGUGAGAUGUCCGUGCAAUUGCCUUCUGAUCUGUAAGGUAUCGUCGAAUCGUAUCUCUUGCCCUCGCGCUAACUGUGGUCGCGUGAUCAUUUUACAACCACCAUCUACACAAGGCUCCACAGUACCCGCACCUGCAGGGACAGCUCGAGUGCAAUGUUUCUACUGCAAGGAAGUGUUUAUGUUUAACACCCUGGCCAGUUGUAUCGCGGCGUGUCCGCAUUGUCAAAAAAGGUGCCUAAUUUGUUUUACUGUUAGUUUAGAUGGCUUUUCAAUACGUAUUUAACUAUAUUAUACUCUUUACAGGUCUUCGGUUGGUGCAAGUUAUGUUCGAAUCCGGUCAUUUGCCUUCUUUUUUGGAGCUUUGUUAAGCUUACUGGCAACGAUAUGUGUUAUUGUAAGUUACUUUUUAUUGUUCUUACCUUCAAAUUUAGAUUGGAACAGCGGGAUCGUCAGAAUUUUUUGUUUACAUUAUCUGGUUAUGCCUAAUUGGAUCUACGGUCUUCUGCUCGUACAGGUUCUAUCGCUUUGCCACCUUAAAAAUAAGCAAAGUUUUGGGUCCUUUGUAAGUAUUGUACAUGUAUCUACGGCAAGACACACUUGGUAUAUAAAUGAUUUUUUUCUAACCUCAAUAAACACUUUGAAUCUUUGAUUGUAUGUUAUGAUAGGAAAACUGUUUUGAAUCGAUAAAUAUAUAUUUGUGAAUGAUAUGCUAAUAUUUUCAUAUGAUAACGUUUAUUCGGUCAUUAUGUCAAAUUAAAAUCUUGUUUAAGGGAUGUACGUGUCGCCGAGGCUUCGUUUCACAGCUUCUCUGGCCAAUUACGCACGUCCCGUCCUUCCAGAUGGACCUUCCUUAUCAGACUUUAUUAGUGGUGACGUGAAAAAGACAAGUAACGGCCGGUUGAGACUUCCAGAAUGGCUGAAGCGGGAUUUGACGAAAACUGACCAAAAACAAUUAAAGCUCAAAAGACAGUUACGGGGACUAAAGUUGGCUACAGUAUGUGAAGAAGCUAGAUGCCCAAACAUAGGAGAAUGUUGGGGAGGAGGGGAAGAUGUCCCAUCUACUGCGACCAUCAUGUUAAUGGGUGAUACGUGUACUCGAGGAUGCAGAUUCUGUUCCGUAAAAACUGCAAGGACUCCUGGGGCUUUGGAUCCAGAAGAACCAUUGAAUACAGCCAAAGCUGUAGCAUCAUGGGGCGUUGAUUAUAUUGUUCUUACAUCGGUUGACAGGUAUUGUAUCCCUAUAAAAAACUUGGAAAGUAGUAAUGCUUUUUCGUAGCAAGUAUAAAAUUUAUAUAGUAGGAUGUAGCAUUCGCCUAACCAAAUCUUUAUAGGGAUGACUUGGUCGACGGAGGUUCAGCACACAUAGCUCAAACAAUAUCUCAUUUGAAGCAGGAAUGUCCUCACGUGUUAGUCGAAGCCUUGGUGCCCGACUUCUCUGGAAAACUGGAUUGUAUUAAGACAGUAGCACUAUCAGGACUAGAAGUGUAUGCUCACAACAUAGAAACAGUACGUCGCUUGACACCGGGAGUACGAGAUCCUCGGGCAAAGUACGAUCAGUCAUUGAAGGCUUUGGAACACGCAAAACGGUCGAAUCCUCUGCUAGUGACUAAAAGCUCCAUUAUGCUGGGGUUAGGUGAAGAGGAGGAGGAGAUUUUGCAGACGAUGAAGGACCUCAGAGAUGUUGGAGUAGAGGCCUUGACCUUGGGACAGUACAUGCAGCCAACUAAGAGACAUCUCUUGGUCAAGGACUGGGUAACUCCACGGAAGUUCGACGAGCUGAAGGCUGUUGGAGACGAAAUGGGAUUCCUGUACGUGGCUUCAGGGCCUUUAGUCAGAUCGUCGUACCGUGCUGGAGAAUUCUACCUUAAGAAUAUUGUAAACAGAAGACUGAAUAGAGAACAAGUUACCAGUUCGUUGUGA